AUGAAGACGUCAGCGGUCUUCUCUGCCUUGUUGUCUUUGCUAUCGUUGGCUUCGGCCGCGAGCGCGGACAGCAAGAGCAGCUCCACCAGCACCACCCUCCCGGCCACCUUCAAGCCUCCCCAGGUUUUCAAGAACGCCAAUCUCGUCCACGUUAUUUCCGUCGAGAAGAACUAUGUGAAGGAGAACAUCAACGUGCUCGUACAGAACAUCGACAAGGCGGCCCAAGAUGAAUACUUUGUACCAUUCACGGCCGACCAGUUGUCCCGGCUCGGAGGGGUGGAGGUGAAGGAUCGCAAGGACAGCAACGCUGGGCCAUUCGUCGCCGAGGCUGUCGAGUUUGAUCAGGAAAGUGACAUCCAGUACCUCCGCAUUCGCCUUCCGAAGCCCCUUGCGCCCGGCGCGCAACAGACCCUCGGGAUCAGCUACUACCUCCUCAAGGCGUACAAGCCCCUCCCCGCUUCCAUCAAGCAGGAGGAGCCGCAAUUUCUCUCGUUCUCCUUCUCGGCCUACUGCCCCUCCGCCUACACGACGACCAAGCAAAAGACCGAAGUCAAGUUCCCGUCGAGCACCAUCCCCGACUACACCAAGAUCCCGGGGAGCGGCGAAAUCAGCGAGUUCCCGCAGGUGCAGGGAUCCAAGCUCACGUACGGCCCCUUUGACGAGAAGCCCACGGGCGCGACCCAGCCUGUUAGCGUGAGGUUCGAGUUCAACAAACCCGUGACGCACGUCUCGCACCUCGAGCGCGAUAUUGAGGUCAGCCAUUGGGGCGGCAACGUCGCCUUUGAGGAGCGUUACACGCUGUAUCACCGCGGCGCCAACCUGUCGUCGCUGUUCAACCGCGUCAAGUGGCAACAAUCGCAGUACUACCAGCCCAACACCUUCGCGCUCAAGGAAUUGAAGUUCCCCCUGCGCGUGGGUAGCGCCGAUCCGUACUACACCGACGUUAUCGGCAACGUGUCGACCUCCAGGUUCAGGAGCAACAAGCGCGAGGCCCUACUCGAGGUCAAGCCGCGGUACCCCGUCUUUGGCGGGUGGAAAUACCCGUUUACCAUCGGCUGGAACUCGGAUGCCAAGAACUUCCUGAGGCAGACGGCCGCUGGGGGGUUCGUGCUUAACGUCCCCUUCCUCGAGGGCCCCAGGCAGCCCGAGGGCGUCGAGUACGAGCAAGUGCAGGUCCGGGUUAUCCUUCCCGAAGGCGCCGAGAAUGUGAAAUAUCACACCUCCGUCCCGUCCCAAUCCAUCAGCCAAGUUAGCGUCGAGCUUCACCGGACAUUCCUCGACACCCUUGGUCGGACUGCCCUCGUAAUCAAGGGACGCAACUUGGUGGACGACUUUAGGGACCGCGAGCUGGUCAUCACAUAUGACUACCCGCUCGUGGCGGCCCUGCGCAAGCCACUGAUUAUCUUUGGCAGUGCCGUUACUGUGUUUGUUGGCGCGUGGCUGGUGGGGAAUCUGGAGUUGAAGUUUGACACGAGGAAGAAAUAG